AUGGAUCUGACUACAUUGUCGUUCAUCGUAAUUGUGCUGUUCUUUUCCCUUCUGUCGAUGCUGUUUAUCAGCCGCUUUCUGCCCAAGGGUAAAUCGUUUGAGGAGAUGCUAAAGGAAAAGCGUGAAAUGCGCGAAAAGAUACUUGGUUUAACGUCGCCGGCCUCGUCGGGACCGCCGACCAAGUCCACCAAGGAGUCGGCCAACAAGCGGACGAAGAAAACGAAUUCCGGUGGCAAUGCGAACCAGAACCAGAAGAACCGUGGUGCGAAACAGCAGCAGCACCAGCGGGUCGAGGUGGUAGAACCGGAAAGUGAUGGCCAUUCGUCUGAAAGCCCACUCGAGGAGGAGAUCAAUCCGCUGACGUACGGUGCUAAAAAGCGCGUCAUACAGACGACAAAUCUGACGGUGGAGUACGCAGAAACUGAAGCAUUUCCGCUGAGUGAUAAUGCCGGUGGAAAUAAGAAAAAAGAUAACAAACAACAAGGUGGUAAGAAAAACAAGCAAAAGACAGCUGGAGGCAUUCUGGUGAACAAAUCCGAGCCGGUUCAUGUGAAGUCGGUAGAAACCGUGCCAGAGAUGAAUCACUUUGCGGAAAUACACCCGAAAGAUGCAUUGGAAAUCGCACGUCAGCAGAAACACGAGGAAGAUACCAAGGUUGGAAAGACGCAGACACCAAAGGAGCAGCGUCAGCAAAAUAAGAACAAGAAGGACCAUCAAUCGAAACUGUCCCCCAAGAACAAUGCACCGUCUAACGUUACCGAGCCGCAGCAGCAGCAGCAGCAGGCCCAUCAUCAGCAACAUCAUCAUCAUUCCGCAAAUGCUGCGCACGUCGCUGAAGCGAAAAAGCAGACAAACGCUGAUAACAAAUCUGGCGCCGGUUCGGCACACAAGGACAAAUCGAACAAGAGAAAGAAAAAUGAGCUGAUCACGCAAGAGCUGGCGGUGGAGAUGGCCGACGCUGCGAACGUGCACUCGCUGGUGAACAUCCUCAACAAGGCGGAUCUGCCGCGGAACGAUAUCCAGAUUCUGAUCGACUUCCUGCUGAACAAACAGCAGGAUACGCUGGCCAAGGAUCCGUCCGAAUGGAACGAUCCGUCCGAUCCGCUGCAGAAGCUGAAGAAGCAGCUGCAGGAAAAGGAGGCGACACUGCUCGAGGAGCAGAAGGCGGCAGCUGGGCUGCACGCCAAGCUGAAGGAACUCCGCCAGGAGCUGAACGGCGAGAAGAUGCAGGCCGGAGCUGUGCUCAAGGCGUACGUGGAGGAGUUGAACAACAAGAAGCAGGAGGUUCACAAUCUGACGCAGGAGCUGAACUCGAUCAAGGACAAGCAGGCAAAUGAUAAGCAGGCGAUGUCGAUACAGUUCCAGCAGCUGCAGGCAAAAUAUAUUCAACUGUCCAAGGAGCACGCCUCGAUGCAGGAUCAUGGCGCAACGAUUGCGCAGCUGAACAACGAUCUGCAGUUACUGCAGCAGGAGCUGAUGGCCAAGAGCCAGCUGCUGAAUGAAAAGCUACAGUCCGAGGAGGAAAUGAUGAAGAAAAAGACUGAGUUCGAAAUUUUAUUACACAACAAUGAGGAGCUCAUGAGACAGCGUGUACAGGAAUUAACUGCCUACGAGAACGAUUUACGCCAGCUGCGACUGGAGCUGAGCAAGAAGGAUGAGCUGAGUCAGACCUGCCAGCAGCAGAGCUACGAAAUUGACCAGCUAAAGGCUGAACUACAGGCGAAACAAAAACAGGCAGUGGCGGCUGCAUCGGCCGCCGCAGCUGCGGCACACGCCACCAACCAGGCGGACGAAAGCAACCGCGUCGAAAUCCGCAACCUCCAGAAUGCCUUAGACUCUACCAAAUCGAAGCUCGAGGUCUACCGGAACGAGCUGGUCGAGUGCAAGAGCCUGAUGACGGACUACAAACAGCAGACGAACGAGCUGAAGGCGAAGGAGGAACAGUUGCAGAAGCAGCUCGAAGAGCAACGACAAAAGAAUGAUAAUUUGCGUACGAAAAACUGGAAGUUGGUGGAGGCAUUGCAAGAUGCCGAACGCCGACGAGGACAGACACCAGCAACGCCAGCGAUAGCGGGUACGAAGAAUGUUGAGCAGCAACAGAAGCUGAUCAACAGUAGUGCGGAAAAGGUGGACGUCGGUAAGGUGGUGCUGGAGGAGCAAAACCGGAUGAAGGAUCUGCUGGUGCAGCUGCUGCAGCCGACCGGUGUGGUGUCGGCCCUGCCCGUCGAUGCCACCGACUUCCAGAGCUGGCUCGAGGCAACGGUCGGUUGCAUCAAGGAGCAGUACGAGAGCCUGCAGCGGACGCCGCACCCCACCAACAGUACCGCAAACGACAGCAGUAGUACCACCGGUGGCGGCAAUACAAACGCGGUGGUCACGAACAGCCACCCAGAGCAAAGCUCUGGCACCGCCAACAGCAACAGUGACAGCAGUAGGAUUAACAGUAGCAGCAAUAUAAUCGCUAAUAAUAAUCUUAAUACCAAUAACAACAGCGUUAAUAGUAGUUUACACGAACACAGCAACGACGGUGUCGUGAUCACGAACAAGAACGGUGCGACCAGCGAUAGUGGCUCCGAGGACGAUCAGCAAGCGAUGGCGCUGCGGUACGAGCAGAUGCAGCAAACCGUAGAUCAGUAUAAGACUAUCAUAGCCGAUACGGAAAACAUGCUGAAAAACCUCGAGGCGAAGGUGAUCGAGCAGGACAUCCACUGGCGCACGGUGGUGCAAGCGAAGGAUAAGGAACUCACGCUGCUCAAAUCUGCCGGUACCGUUGAACAGUAG